UCGAUUCAGUGUACCUGCAAAUCUGCAAACUCAACAAGAGUGGCAUAAGCCCUAGCCGCUCUCCAUAAACCCUUCUCUUUUAUCAGUUUAUUGUGCAAAUGGCAUUCUACAACAAAGUUGGAACCUUGUUGAGGCAGAGCAUCUCUUCGAACAGUACAUUGCAUGGGCAGGUGCCAUUGAUUAAUGCCAUUCGCUGCAUGUCUACAAAGCUUUUUAUUGGUGGGCUUUCAUAUGGAACUGAUGACCAAUCCCUUAGGGAUGCAUUUUCUAGCUUUGGUGAUGUUGUUGAAGCUAGAGUCAUUACUGAUCGAGACACUGGAAGGUCAAGAGGAUUUGGGUUCGUGAACUACUCAACUGAAGAAUGUGCUAAUUCAGCACUAUCGGCCAUGGAUGGACAGGAACUGAAUGGAAGGAAUAUCCGAGUUAGUCACGCCAAUGAGAGACAACCUCGCAAUAACUUCGGUGGUAAUCCUGGAGGAGGUUUCCGUGGUGGAUUUGGUAAUGAUGCGAAUGACGGAUAUUGAAGGACUCUCAUUGUCUGUAUAGUCAGUGACAAGUUUCUUUAUUUCCCAAGUUGAGAUGCAUGCUUUGAUUGUUUGCAUGUGCUUUUAGAAUCUUUUUGCUUGCGUUGUAGGGAGAAUUGGAUUGACUCAAACUCAAGUUUUAGUAUGCUUUGAAUACUAAAUUUACUUUUUGCUUCAAUUGAUAUGAUCUCGAGGAAAAGUAUAUUAUCGGUUCAAAUAAUUAUACUAUUUGAAUGAAAGGGCAUGUUUUGAAUUUUAAUUAAA